ACCAUCUCAUCUUCCAAUGCAACUGUCAUCAUUUAGGACACCACCACCUUGAUUACACAACAUAUCUCUUGUGACAUUCCUAAACAAUGGCUUAUACUACGCUAUUGCUGGCCGUCCCGGUCCUUCUCGGGGCUGUGUGGGUAGCCGACACCUGCAGACGCCUCUGGCGAAAUUAUUCGGCAGCUCGCACGAUCGGCGUUCCAAUACGCAUCAUCCCCUUUUCUCCUCUAAACCCGUUUUGGGUACUUCUCGAUAGGAAGGUUCUUAGUUUUAUCCGCCACCUGCCGUAUGGCGACAACAGCUUUACUAGGUACAAUUGGCGCGGGUGGGAAGUCGAGGACAGGUACCGAUCGCACCAUGAGAUGGGUGAUAUUUGGGUUUUGGUGACUCCCUUAAAGAAUUGGAUCUACAUCAAUGACCCGGAAGCUCUAAUGUCGGUUUUCCGGAGAGGAGUCGACUUUCCGAGGCCUUGCUUUGUCAACGAGAUUCUUAAUGUUUUCGGACCUAAUAUAGCUACUGCGGAAGGCCAGUCAUGGAAGACACAACGGAGGGUAGCGACUCAUUGUUUCAAUGAGCAGAACAACGAGAUUGUGUGGGGCGAGUCUAUCACACUAGCAGGAGAUAUGUUGCGUUAUUGGUCAUCGAAAAGCUCCGUCAAGACUACUGCCGACGACGUGCGCACUCUGUCUCUCCAUAUCCUUUCUCGUGCCGCCUUCGGAAAGUCUUUUAAGUUCGUUGGACACGAUGAGAGAGAUCAGUCUGCCAGUGUGUCUAAUAACUACAAGGAAUCACUGCAAACAAUACUGGAGAAUUGUGUCUUGAUUCUUGGGUUUGGUACCGAAUUUAUCGCAAAACCUUGGCUUCCGCACAAGUUUCGGGUGGUUCAUAAGGCAUGGGUCUCGUUUCGAGCUUACAUGACUAAUAUGUAUGAAGAGGAGAAGCGCGCAUUUGAUGAGGGAAGGAUGACCGAUCAGAACCUCAUGACAUUGUUAAUUCGUGCGUCGCAAGACGAAGCAAAGACUGAUGGUGGUCUAACUGAGAGCGAGAUCUACGGCAACAUGUUUGCGUUCAACUUUGCCGGCCACGAUACAACUGCCAAUACCCUUACAUUUGCCCUAUACUUCCUUGCGGCAAAUCCAGACGUCCAAGAUUGGAUAUCGGAAGAAGUAAGGAGCGUUCUAGGGGACAGCGACGUAAGUGAAUGGGAUUAUCGCUCGAAUUUCCCGCGUCUUAAGCGUUGUUUGUCCGUUCUGCUCGAGACGAUACGUCUUUACACCCCUGUCCCCGUUAUCAAGUGGACCAACGAUCGUUCGCAAACCCUUACCGUUGGUAAGAGAAUGCUGGUCCUUCCUCCGGAUAGUAUGAUCGCCCCGAGCUAUGGGGCUGUUCAGACAGAUCCUAGGUACUGGGGCCCGGAUUCGCUUGAAUGGAGUCCCUUGCGUUGGGUCAAGGCAGGGAGGCCAGGAUAUGAGGAUUCCAACAUGCCUGAACGCGGCGCUUUCAUUGGCUGGUCUGAAGGCACGCGGGACUGUCCAGGAAGGAAGUUCUCUCAGGUUGAGUUUGUGGCGACGAUCGCAGUGCUUUUUAAAGAUUGGCGGGUGUCUCCAGUCACAUUUCAGGAUGAAAGCCUCGAAGAUGCAAGAAGAAGAGUUAUGAACCUCAUCAAGACUGACUCGUUUGCGGUACUACUGCUCCAAAUGCUUCACCCCGAGCGAGCCCCUCUAGUUUGGCAAAGGCGCUAAAAAAUUACCUCUGUUUCAAAACUCCUCUUUAGUAAAUAUAUUAAUAGUCUACGGGUGGAGCUCGCUCUUAGAUCGUAUCGCUCAAAUAGCCAUUACCAUACCUAUGUACCUACC